GCAGCGUGAGUGCGUUCGUGCGUGCGUUGAGUGUUUGUCGUGGGGGUACCGCGUGUGUGUGGCCAACCCCGUCAGUUUCCCGCGCACACACAUAAGGGGGCGCACGCAUUUCCCAGUGAGAGGCAUGAGGGUGAGCGCGUUGAGUGUGCAGUUGCGUGGGAGUGUGCGGGGGCGAGAUGGGAGUCGCGGGCGUAGGGCGGUGAAGAAAGGCGAGGUUAUUCUCCGCUCCACGCCCUUCGCUCAUAUCAUAGACUCUCCUUACAUGGCUAUGUACUGUGACACCUGCAUCACUUCAGCUAAAGAAACCAUCCUUCGCCCGUGUCCUGAGUGCCGCGUGAUUUGGUACUGCAGCGAGAAGUGCCAGGAGAAGGGCCUCGCGUGGCACCGCCUGGAGUGUCCAGCCCUUAAGAGGAAACAACACAACCUCCCGCCCAACUACGUGAGGCUGCUGGCCCGCGUGAUCUUGAGGCUCAGGAAUGGAGGAGAUAAGUAUGUUGAGAAGUUUACUGAAAGGGAAGGUCGCCGCUUCAGAGAUCUUAUGAGUCACUACAAGGACAUCAAGAAGAGCGAGGGGGAGCUGAGAGACGCGGAGUACCUGAGGGAGGAGCUGGGCAAAUUCAUCGGUGAGAGACUCCUGCCAAACAUGACGGAUUUUCUGGGUAUCUACGGCAGGGUGAUGGUAAACCGCUUCUCCUUCUUUGACAAGACGUUACAGAACAUCGGCUCCUCUGUCUACCUCUCCGCAUCCAUCUUCGACCACGACUGCUCUCCAAAUUGUCAUAUAGCCUUCACGGGACGCACUGUGGAGAUCCGAAGCAUUGUCGAUAUGCCUUCCUUCGACUUCAGUAAGUGUUUCAUCUGCUACCUGGACCCCGUGAAAACUGUAGCAGCGCGCCGUCAGGACCUGUAUAGAAAGUGGUUCUUCUUCUGCGAGUGUAAGACGUGCAACAACAAGGAGAAACGACGCUUCGAGAACUCCAUUGUGUGUGAAAAUUCGAUGUGUUUGGCGCCUGUCAGCCUGCCAGAUAUAGACGCACCCAUCGAGGAGGCGCUCCGGAAGAAACAGCAGGAGCAGCAGCAGGAGGCGAUGAUGAAUGGGAAGGAAAAGGAAGAGAAGAAGGAGACUGAGAAGGAGAAGCAGGCACUGGAGCAGAACGGAGUCGAGGAGAAAAGGACAUCGUUGCAGAAGGAGAGGGGAAGGAAGAAGGAAGAGGAGGUGGAGGAUGAGGAGGCAAGGGAAGAUGAGGAUGAUGAAGGGGAGUCCGGGGAGGCGCGGUGCAGCCUGUGUGAGCGUGAGGUGAGUGAGGCGCGCUGGAAGCAGUACUGGGACACGGUUGCCUUCACCAGGGAGAAGCUGAGGAACAUGACGGAGGAAGAUCCGGUAAUGGAGGACUGCCUUGAUAUGAUAGAGAGGCAAGCCGGUCUCUUCUCCCACAUGAACGCCUGGCGAGUGAGGACCCUUGACUUCGCCUUCAACGGGGCUAUGUUCCACGGGUGCUGGAGCCUCGCCUUGAAGUACGGGGAGGAGAACCAGGACGGCAUGAGGUUCUACUACGGGGUAGACAACCCUGUGUAUGGCCUGUUCCUCUACAAGCUGGGCAAGGCUAAGAUUUACUUCAAGGAAUUCCGCGAGGGGGUAAAGCUGCUAGAGGAGGCGGAGGAGAAGCUGAGUGUCGGCCUGGGAGACUCGCACCCGACUUUGGAGGAGGUGCGACUCGUGAACCUGAUGGCGAACGAGGACGUGGAGAUCUGCCUGGAGAGACGCAUCGCCAAGGCCAAGAAGCGCGAGGAGGAGAGGUUGCUGCAGGUCGUUCAGCAGCCAGACAACUUCGCAGCUCAUAAAACCUUUCCCUGGAUCAGCUGCGCCAACCACGACAAGAUUACCAGGACUAAGCCAACUGUGUCUCAGGAGGAUAAGAUAACUAAAACUAAGUCCAUUCUACGUCCCUCUCAGAUUGCUUAGUGAGGUUUGCGAUGCUGGGAUGGUUUGUAACGACUGAUAAAGUGUGUGAAUGUUAGGAUAAGCUAGUUAUUUAAGCGGAAGAAUUUAAUCAAAGUCUAUUUUACGUCCUUAUCAGAUUGCUUAGUAAGGUUGAUAAUGUUGGGAUGGCAGGAUGUGUGAAUGUUGAGAGGUUGGGGAAAGAUGAAGAAAGGAAGCAUUGGAUAAAAUAACUAAUAGAAGGAGAAGGAUAAGACAAGUGAAAGUCUAUUACACCUCCCUCUCAGAUUGCUUAGUGAGGGUGAGAGUAAGACUUGGCAAAUUAUGUGAAUGUUAAUAAGAAAUCCUGAAGAGAGAGAAUGGAGAAAGAAGAUGAGGAAAACAAGAGGAUAAACUCAAACUAAAUCUAUCCUUCGUCCUUCCCGGAUUGGUUAGCGAGGUUGAGGAUGUUAGGACAGGACAGGAAGGUUUGGCAUGAUGUGUGGAUGUUGAGGAUACUUGGCUUGUGAAGUGAUACUGAGGAAAUAGAGCCCGGGAAAUGGAGAGAGAGUUGAGGAAAACCAUGAGAGGAAAAAUGGUGUGGGAGGAGAGGGGAAAAUUUGUCAAAGUAAGUGACUAAGAGAAUGAAUAAAAAGAAAGCGUCAUGGAGAAACGGAAAAACGAGAAGGGGAAUUAAGGAAGAAUAUAACAGGAAAAACAAAUGUGAGGAAAGAUGAGGGAAAGAUAGCAAAGUAAAUAGAUGAAGGAAAAGAUAAGGAAAUAUGAGUAGAUAGGGAACGAUGAGGAACGUAAAACAUAAGGAAAAAAUGGGAAACUAAAGAAAAGAGGAGAAACGUUAACAAAAGUAACAAAAGAAGAUCGGGAAGUGUGAUUAAGUAGGAAAAGACGAGGAAAAGCUAAAAAAGGAAGUUAAAUGAAGAGGAGCCACUAAAAAAAGAGGAAAAGUGUAGGGAAAAGAGGGAAUAGUUGAGGGGAAAGGAGAGGAAAAAUGUGGCGGGAGGGGAAACAGGUAGAAACACAUUUGUCUCUGUUACAUGUCCAACACUUCACACUUAUUGAGUUAAAGUGCUUCUGUUUAUUAUUACUGCCAAAACUUUCUUUCUCUCUCUCUCUCUCUCUCUCUCUCUCUCUCUCUCUCUCUCUCUCUCUCUCUCUCUCUCUCUCUCUCUCUCUCUCUCUCUC